AUGUCGAGCUCAGAAAUGACAGGAAAAGCCACCUCUGAAGCUUCUGUCUCUAGUCCAGGGGAGACAGUGCCUGAGCCUGCCAAAGUGCCAACCACGGAGCCUUCUGGAGAGGCCACAGCAUCAGAGUCCCCGGGGCAAGAGCAGGCUCCAGAGCCACAGAAGCCUGGAUCUCAGGCCCUGGACCCUGCAGGCCCUGAGGCUGCUGCUGUACCCGCAACCACUAAGCCUGACCCUCCAAGUGAAGAUGUCCCCAGUGCCCCACUGCAGCUGACCUUGGAGGAUGUAAGCCACAGCUCUGUGACUGUGAGCUGGGAGCCCCCCGAGAAGCUGGGGAAACUGGGCCUUCAGGGCUACGUGUUGGAGCUCUGUCGAGAGGGAGCCUCAGAAUGGGUGCCUGUGAACCCCCGGCCCGUGAUGGUGACCCAGCAGACGGUUCGGAACCUGGCUCUGGGAGACAAGUUCUUCCUGCGUGUGACUGCAGUGAGCCCCUCGGGGGCAGGCCCCGCAGCUGUGCUGGACCAGCCUGUCCACAUCCAAGAGAUCAUUGGACCUGUCCUGCCUAGCCGGGAACCCACACUCGCUUUCCCCUUCUGCCUCAGACACCCUCACUCAGUUGGCCUAAGCCCAGACACUUGUUUUCACGCAGAAGCCCCCAAGAUCCGUGUUCCCCGACACCUUCGGCAGACUUAUAUCCGCCGGGCAGGAGAGUCCAUCAACCUGCAAAUCCCCUUCCAGGGGAAGCCCAAGCCGCAGGCCUCUUGGACCCACAACGGCCAUGCCUUGGACAGCCAGAGGGUAAAUGUGCGCAGCGGAGACCAGGACUCCAUCCUCUUUAUUCGCUCAGCUCAGCGCUCAGACUCAGGCCGCUAUGAGCUCACUGUCCAUCUGGAAGGCUUGGAAGCCAAGGCCAGCAUUGACAUCCUAGUGAUUGAGAAGCCCGGGCCCCCAAGCAGCAUCAGGCUCCUGGAUGUCUGGGGUUGCAAUGCGGCUCUCGAGUGGACUCCACCCCAGGACACAGGCAACACAGAGCUCCUGGGCUACACAGUGCAGAAGGCUGACAAGAAGACAGGGCAAUGGUUCACAGUGCUGGAGCGCUACCACCCCACCACCUGCACCAUCUCAGACCUCAUCAUUGGCAACUCUUACUCCUUCCGGGUCUUCUCAGAAAACCUGUGUGGCCUCAGUGAUUCGGCCACCACCACCAAGGAGCUGGCUCACAUCCAGAAGGCAGAUAUUACUGCCAAACCUAAGGGGUUUGUUGAACGAGACUUCUCGGAAGCCCCCUCGUUCACCCAGCCCCUGGCUGACCACACCUCCACUCCUGGCUAUAGCACGCAGCUAUUCUGCAGCGUCCGAGCAUCACCCAAGCCCAAGAUCAUCUGGAUGAAAAACAAGAUGGACAUCCAAGGUGAUCCCAAGUACCGCGCAGUUUCUGAGCAAGGGGUCUGCACACUGGAGAUCCGGAAGCCCAGCCCCUUUGAUUCUGGGGUCUACACUUGCAAGGCCAUCAACGUGCUAGGGGAGGCCUCUGUGGAUUGCCGACUGGAGGUCAAAGGUGGGAGUCUAAAGGUUUCCCUUCGUGCCUGGCCAUGAGGGGACAGGUAGAUUCCUUCUUUGGAGCUUAGAGUGAAAACUGGACCAGGAAGGAGACAAGGUGUAGGGACAGUUUGUGUGACUUUCCAAGUGGGAAGAUGUUCUAGCUGGGGACUGGGGCACUGGAGAUCAUUGACCUCGAACCUGUCAGUUCCCUCCUGUCUCCCCCCAAGCUCUAACCUGCAGGAUCUCUUUCAGCCUCCGCCACACACUGAGAAGCAAUAUGGGCAGAGACUUGGGACAAGGAGACAGGUGAGCAGAUGGACCCACCCCUUCAGCUACCUCCAGUGAGAGCAAGGUCAAAGAGGAGACUGAGAAGAGAGAACCUACCUCCUAGGCCCAAAAUGUCACUGGAGAAGGGCUAGGGAGGGAAGGCAGUAGACAGAUGUGGGCGCAAUUUUGCAGCUAAAGACAACUAGCAUGCACGUUCAGUUUGGUAAAGACCGUGUAGGGCUGGGCCAUGCUGGUGAGGUCUGGAAGGGAAGGGUCCAGUGGGUGGUCACAGGACAGGGUCUAGUCUUGGCUUUGAGUGACUGUAAACAGAGGUAUUCUGUUUGCACCUUUUUCCUCCUCAGAAAAGUGGGGACCCAGCCCUGCCCUACCUUCUUCAUUUGGUGGCUCCGAGGCUCUGGAUGAACUAGAAGUCUCUAGAACUACACUAGGCAGAGUUCAGCACUGAGAACUGAGCCUGAGGAAGGACAGAGAAAGGUGGAGGCGGCUCUCUACCUGACUCCCCAACUUCUCUUCUGGCAGCUUGGUCACGUACCAGGGCUCAGAAGGACAUUCUCUGCCAGGUCCUGCAGACCUGAGGAUCGGGCCUCCAGGCCCAUCAUGUCUCUCCACGGAUACCCAAGACCAAGAUACCAUAGGAACAGCUAAUGGAGAGGCCUCUGGUACCUGCAGGCCUCCCUCCGCCAGAGGCUGGAGUCCAGACCCAGGAGUGGGCUUGCCAGGCCUCAGGUCAGGCCUCAUGGGUACAAGAGUGCCCCAGAGGUGCAGUGACUGGUCCCCCCCUGCAGAGCUGUACACUGGGUGAGAAGCAGUCAAAUAAAUGUGUGUGGUGUUCCAGCAUGGGGCUUCUGUGGUAGUGAGUGUCACGGUGAAUGGGAAGAUACUAUGUUGCUAUACAUAGCAGACACUGUCACCACGAGGAAGGUGCCAGCCGGAAGGGUCUCAUGAUAGCACAGGACAUUUUUUAGACAUGUGAAUGUUCUGGAUCUUGCUUUCUGAUUCACCAUGUGCUACCCUAAAUGUGUAACUAUAGCAACAGAUACACCAUCUCUGGAACCUUCCUUCUCCCAUCUGC